AUGAGGCGACCAACGCUCACCCCGUCCAAGAACAACAACAGGCAAGUCCUGAAGAUUCAAAAGCCCCCUGGGAAAGUCACUGAGCACAGAGAACAAGGCUCAGUCAAUUACGAUGUUUACAAAACUUACCUACGCGCGAACGGCGUCGUUAGUGGAGGGAUUGCGUUGAGUGCAAUCGUUGCACAGCAAAUCAUUUCGUUGCUGACAACUCUAUGGCUUAGAAACUGGAGUUCAAGUAAUCAAACCCCCUCGGAAAAUCAGGAUCCUCACCUGGGAUACUUUUUAGGAAUUUACGGUCUGUUGGGUCUUCUGACCAGUGUGGCGGCUUUUGUGGAUGCCAUCACCUCUUUCUCAAUUUGUGCGGUCCGAUGUGCAAAGUUCUUCCAUGAUCGGAUGUUUGGCAAGAUCUUGAGGGCUCCGAUGUCAUUCUUUGACACCACACCUGCUGGCACUAUCUUGAAUCGAUUUUCCAGAGAUGUGUUCAUCAUCGAUGAAAUACUUCCCCGGGUCUUCACUGGGUUUCUCCGCACUGCCGCAGGUACAAUUAGUAUCUUCGCAGUGGUGUCAUGGGCUGUGCCACCGUUUCUCCUGGUUUGUGUACCACUCCUUUUCGUUUACAAAAGUGUCCAGUCGUACUACCUUGCCACCUCGCGAGAAAUCAAACGCAUUGAUGCAAUCACCAAGUCUCCGAUUUUUGCCAUGUUUGGCGAGACAUUGGCAGGCGUUGCUACAAUCAGAGCAUUCGCGGAACAAGGCCGGUUUGUUGCCGAGAACGAGACCAAAGUGGACCGCAACCUGGAAGCGUGUUUUGCUUCGAUUAGUGCGAACCGUUGGCUGGCCGUUCGUCUAGAAUCAAUUGGGCAUGUGAUGAUUUUGACCGUAGCAUCGUUGGUAGUAACCAACCUCGCAGCCAGCAAACCUCUCGACAGUGGAAUGGUCGGUGUGCUAAUGUCCUAUGCACUUUCAAUUACACAAUCACUUGGUUGGCUCGUACGAGUCGCAACGGACGUUGAAACGAAUAUCGUGUCCUGUGAACGAGUGAUUGAAUACACCAAAUUGAAAUCAGAGGGGCCAUGGGAGACAGUUGAGCACCAUCGACCAAGCUCCAAUUGGCCAGAAAAGGGAGAAAUCGUCUACGAGGGUGUUGAAUGUCGUUACCGAGAUGGCUUGGAUUUGGUGUUGAAAGGCGUCGACUUCAAGGUUCAAGCGCAAGAAAAGAUCGGGAUCUGUGGUCGAACGGGGGCUGGGAAAUCAACGAUUACGUUAUCUUUAUUCAGAUUGAUCGAGAAAUCAGCGGGCAGAAUCCUAAUCGACGGUGUGGAUAUCAGUCAAAUCGGGUUGAAUGAUUUAAGAUCGAAGAUAUCCAUCAUCCCCCAAGAUUCGCAAUGUUUCGAAGGUAGCGUGAGAGUCAAUCUUGACCCUGAAGGCUCGAAAACAGAUGAAGAACUGUGGAGGGUGUUGGAACAAUCGAAGUUGAAAGGCCACAUUCAAUCUUUGGAGGGCGGACUGGAUGCAAAGAUAGAGGAAGGUGGAAACAAUCUAAGCAACGGUCAACGACAACUGUUGUGCUUAGCUAGGGUAAUGCUCCAGAAAUCCUCCAAGAUAUUGGUGAUGGAUGAAGCCACCAGCUCGGUGGAUCCCGAAACAGAUUUGUUAAUCCAAACGGUGAUCAGAACCGAAUUUAAAUCGUUUACAAUCUUAGUGAUUGCUCAUAGGUUGAACACGAUUUUGGAUUGUGAUAAAAUCUUAGUGAUCAAUAAGGGUAAAGUAGCCGAAUUCGAUUCGCCUGCUAACUUGAUGAAAAACAAAGAUUCAGAAUUUUGUAAGAUGUGUCAGGAAGCUGGGUUGAUUGAUUGA